GCGAAGUGAAAUGUUAAAACUAAACAGUGAAACAGCUUCUAAGAAGAAAAAACGCUACAUCAUUGUAGUCAAUUUGACUUUCAUGCAAUUAGGGCUAAUACUCUUCUGUGAAAACAUUAGGCUUUGUACAAAAAUGUAGUUAUUUCUUAAUUUCAAAUCGUUAGGUCCUCCAUCACAGAUGCACACUGGAGAACAUAGAGAUUUAAAUCCGAUCUGUGAAUAACCAAACCCACAAGAGCCAAAAACCACAAAUGUGGAGGAAAACUGUCGUUUUUAAAAAUGGUCUCAAGAACAUUGUAGAAAGUUGUUCUUUGAUGCAAUGCUUCUUUCUGAUAUUUUUGCAGGCCCUUUGACCAAAAGAAUUCAGCCCAAUGUGGAGAGAGGUCUUCCGGAUUUGUCUCACCACGCAGCCUGUGCUUAGGUUCUUCAUCUUUUUUGUUGUCUUAAGAAUAGAUAACGCCAUAUAUGUUCCUCUUGAGUGUGAGGUUUGCAAUUACAUGAAUUCCGUGUGCACUGGCCCUAAGCAAAUGUGCCCUGUUAAGAAAGAUACCUGUGCCAUGACUUACUCCGCAAGUAGUCUGGAUGAAGUAACUACAUGGAUUACCACAGAGAAAGGCUGUGAAAGCUCGAACAUCUGUGGGUCUACCACCAUUGAAAUUUAUUUGGGGAAAGAUAAUUACUACUUGGAACAUGUACUUUGUUGUACAGGGGACAAAUGCCCAGAUGACAUUCCUGAAUUACCAAAGAUACCGACUGAACACAAAGGAAAACACUGUCUUUCAUGCUUUUCUUAUGGACCGAAAUGUCAUGGAAAGAUGGUGGAUUGCAAGGGAAAUAAUAUAUACUGCUUUCAAAUGCAAUCUCGUCUAUAUAACGAAAGACAGGAGGGAGGGAGCCUGCCUGACUUGACUGGGGAGAGCAUUCCAUAGGCGGGGGAGCCACUACUGAAAAGGCCCUGUCUCUCAUCCCCGCCAGCCACACCUGUGAGGCUGAUGGGACUGCGAGCAGGGUCUCACCUGACGAUCUUAAGCUUCAAGAAUCCCACUUGUACGUUACUGCUAAGGGCUGCACAACUAAGUCUGUCUGUGGUUUACUAGCUGUGGGUCAGUCUCCGAUUUGGAGCCGUUACACAACUCUUCUAAAUGCAGAAUGUAAGCUAGGACAUUCUAAGGGAUUUCAUUCAACCAGUUGCUCCAUGGCAAACAUCUUUUGGCUCCUGGUGUUGAAGAUCUUUCUCUCUGUGUAAAAGACCGGACCCAUUCCAACAUUCAGCUGUGCCUCCUUUUCACUUCCAUGUCAAUCUCUCCAAUGCAAGCUGACCUGUAGGAUUUUCUGCUUUCUUCAGUGAAAAUAAACACAAGUGUGUCAAAAAAGGUUUGUCGCUGCCUGUUUCCUGUUGGGUUUUGGGUCCGGGCUCUACAGCUUGGCAUUCCUGGUUCCUGUGAUUCUUCGACUUGGACUGGCUUAUUGUGAGUGUGUCUUCUCCCUUCUUGGACUUUUGGACUGGCGACUUCGGCUCUGUUUGGUGACCUGGGUGACGUUUGGAUUGGCUUACCGUGGAUGCAGCUUUCUCCCUUCCUGGCCUUUGGAUUGACUUGACUGCGGCUGGUGUAAACACUUUGGAGACGACGCUGGUUUGGACACUUUGCAAUGGCUUUUUGGA